CAUUCGUGUGCAGAACAGAGGCUUCACGUCUGCCCUUAUAUUGAUUACCAGGAAUAAACUGCUGAUUCGCCUUGUCACAAGAAUCAGUUCAUUAGAACAUGACAAGUGUUCAGAUGAGUGCCACAGAUGAGAUGGUUGAGGGGUUCCUGGAUCAUGCAUCCAGGGGUGACUUAGUCAGAGUUUCUGACAUGAUCUGUUACUCCAGUAAGCUACUCAAUGAAAGUGGGAAACAAGGCUGGACAGCCUUAAUGCUGGCCGCAAGAAAUGGACACUUUGAUCUGGUGAAGGCUUUGCUUUCAAAGGGGUGCAAUAAAGACUUGAAGAACAAGUCAGGCCAGACUGCUCAUGACAUAGCAAAAUUUUGGGGGCACAAACAUAUUGCUGAUUUGUUGGUUGGUGAUGGGAAGAUUCGUGAUAUCCUGCCAAGUACGGGAGUAACAGAGCAUGAGAACUACUUUAGUAGAGAGUAUCUCAGCAGAAUGAGUGAUAAAAGGACAGACUCAGGAUGGCUUUCAGCUAAACAGUCCUCUCCAGAGACAGUGUUUCUUCUCUUUCAUAACUUGGACCCACUUGUCACCUCUGGGCCAGAGCACAUGAAUAAUAGUCAAGCUAAGUUGAAAUUGUGCAGGCUGAAGAGGGACUCUGUGGGUGUUCUACUCAAAAAGAGUGACAUUGUGGUUGUUUUUCUGGGAGUAGAGAAGCAAGAAUGUUCAUCCCUUUCAUCAGUAUCAAAAGAAGAAGAUGGACUUAUUGCAUGGUUUGCUUUGAAUGUGGAGGAGAAUCCGUCAGAAAUCCUCAAAAUUGAAGAUUCACACAGUUUCUUCCUUCAGGGGCCGAUGCCAACAUUGCUAAUGCUAAAUGAAGAUGAAGGAGGUAUAAUUGCACAAGCCAGGUCUGUCCUUGCAUGGCACAGCCGAUAUAGUUUUUGCCCAACGUGUGGGGGCAAGACCAAAGUGGCUGAAGGUGGUUACAAGAGAACCUGCUUGACAGAGGGCUGCAAGAGUCUUCUGGGCAUCCAUAGUACAUGUUAUCCUAGAGUUGAUCCUGUUGUGAUCAUGUUGGUCAUUCACCCAGAUGGGAAUCAGUGCUUACUAGGAAGGAAGAAGACAUUUCCUCCAGGAAUGUUCUCAUGUCUCGCUGGUUUCAUUGAACCAGGUGAGACCAUCGAGAAUGCAGUAAGGAGAGAGGUCAUGGAAGAGAGUGGGGUUACUGUCGGCCCUGUCCGGUAUGUAUCCUGCCAACCUUGGCCAAUGCCCUCAUCACUAAUGAUUGGCUGCAUUUCAGUCGCAGUGUCAACAGAUAUUAAGGUUGAUAAAGAUGAAAUUGAAGAGGCUCGCUGGUUCACCAGGCAACAGGUAAUAGAUGCUAUUGUGAAGAGUAGUAAAGCGGUGCUUACCAUGCCUCCAAGACAAGCUAUUGCACAUUAUCUAGUGAAACACUGGACUUGUCUAAACUCGAACCUUUGAAAAUAAUGUUAAGCAUUAUAUGUCAAAAAUGUAUUUGCAAUGAAAAUGAAACAGUCUGCCAGACUGUGAAUGUAAUGAACUGUAAUUAUACACAGGAUAAGUUGUCAAGUAUCUUAUGCCAAACCACUAGAGCUUUGUAUAGGGUCCAGCCCUGUCACUUCAUGCCAGCAAUUAUGACAUUGUAAGCUCUUCACAUGGGACAUCAGGUAGGCACAUUCCUUUGUUGCUGUUCAGCUAAAUUAAGCCCAAGACACCUCCAGAAGGCUCCACAGUGAGGUGUGGCAUCCCAGAUGCCACCACCAUCCAAGCUCACUUUUAAACCAAGCUGCACCUCUUUAAACGUAAACCCAAACUGUCCUCCCUGGUGAAUACAUCAUUAAUGCAUUCUCAGUGCCACCAGUUCCAUAUGGGCUUUAUGCACUAUACCAAUAGCAAACACAACUGUCCUGCCCCCACACAAACACGCACCACUUAUGCGUGUUUAGUUUCCAAGCAUUCAACAACACCGCAGAUCUAUACUGGCCUACCUGGUGACUAAGUCCAUGUCCAGCCCCAGUGGCACCAUUAAUGCAUGCUCAGUAUCACAGCUAUCCUUAGUUUAAGGCCUAUAAAACUAAACUGCACAAGCAUCCUAUCUCCUACCUAAUGUGCACCUGCCAUUCUCUCACCGCAGCCACCAAAUCUGUGUACUGCAGCUGCUUCCUUUCAAAAGCUUCAUCAACUGCAUUAUUAAAUGGAAUUGUUAUCUCUAUAAAAUAAUCCAGUUACAUUGAAUACAUCAUGAUGUCUGGCCACAGCAUAGCUAAUGCAGUACACUGGGACCAGUAGUUUUGGGGUGUUUUCCUGUUUCUGAUUUUUCUGCAAUUUCCAGUCUCACACUUCAGGCCAUCUACCCAUAUUUAUAGCUUGCACUCGCUCUCCAAUACACUGUACGUCACACUAGUCAUUUAUGCAAUGUUUUUCUAACCCAUCACUUCUAUAGCAGUACAUAAAAUAUUACCUAAAUGGAUGUAUGCAACUCGAAUUAAAAAUUAUUUUUUUAAUUGAA